CCUUAAGAAACCGUUUGCUUACCUAAUUAAUUGAAAAGCUAAAUAUAUGCAUAAUAUUGUACAUGUCUAUAUAUGCGGUUUUCCAAAAAUAUAUGCGGUUUUUUCUCUUCAUUGGAGGGUUAAAAGCUAAUCAACAACAAGACAUGUAAAUACACAUUCCUUAACCACACAAAUAUGAAAAACUCUAAAAUUUAGCACCCAUUAAACUCGGUCAAAACCUAAAAACAACCCCAAAGGUGUAGUAAUUUCCCAAAAAUAGCUUCUUCCAAUCUCAACCAACCAUUUCUCUUUCCCUUCCAUGCAAGCCAUGCAAAAAAAAAAAAAAAAAAUCCCCCAUAAAUUGCUCCCUCACCUCCACAAUUUGAAAAUGAUUCUAUAGCUUCUGCAGUGUCUUCUCUACUUGAUCUAGAGAACCAACGACACUGCACCUCCUAUAGAAUCUCACCUCCUAAUUAUUAGACCUUAUAUACCCCUAAAACAAAAAGAAAAAAGGAAAGAAAAAAAAAUGGCGCGACAACUUCUCGUCAUUGCCCUCAUCCUCGUCGCCGUCGUCGGCGCCCUCGCCGCGGACUCCCCCAAGAGCUCCCCGUCGCCGAAGAGCUCCAAGGCCCCCUCCGCCUCCCCGCCCAAGUCCGGCGACAAGGACGACUCCUCCUCCUCCUCCUCGCCGGCCAAGUCUCCCAAGGCCUCCUCCCCAAAGGCUUCCUCCUCUCCGGCCAAGUCUCCCAAGUCCUCCGCCGGAGAAUCUCCCGCCGAGUCCCCCAACGGCGACGACUCAUCCUCCGACGCUCCUUCCUCCGACGACUCCGCCUCUUCCCCGUCCGGCGAUGAAUCCUCCGACGCUCCGUCCUCCGACUCCUCCGCCGGUUCGCCGGAAGCCGACGUGUCUUCCCCACCUGCCCCCACCACCGAGGCCCCCGCUGCUGACGUGGCUGCGGCCGACGCACCCGCCCCUGCUAGCGGUGUCGAUGGCUUGAAGUUCUCGUACGUCGCUGGCUUCGCCUCCGUCGUCGUCGCUGGGCUCUUCUUCUAAAUUUGAGUUCGCGAUGCGGUUUUAUUUGUUUGUUCUUUUUUAAUUUGGGUUGAAGACUACGGAUGAGAGAGCUGUUAAAUAUGGAAUUAAUUCAUCUGUAUGUACUCAACUUAUGUUUAAUAUAUGUUCUUUUCCUUAAUUAAUGAAAUUAAUAUAUUAUUGGAUACAAGAGGCGUGGCCAGGCUUCUGGUAUCCCUAGCUAAUAUACAUUUGGUUUGCUU